AUUGCAGGUGGCUCGAGAAACGAAAAGCGCAUGCUGCUCUGUAAAGGCAGCGUUCGUAGCGUGGACGAGCUUCGCCGUUCGUACUUUCUAUAAAUUUCACAAGCGACACUAGCAUUGCGACGCAGAUUUUCAUGAGAAUUAUACGUCCAACUUACUAACCCUUACAUUCAAACCUAAAGGAAACAACGUGGAACAAGGAUGGCCGAGGGGUCUACGACAGACACCUCGUAUGCCCCCAAGGUGCUGCGCUCAUUGACGGGCGACAGAGACGCAUGGCAUUCGUGUACCGGUCCCGAUCAGGCCUGCGUCUUGGUUAUUUACACCGGUGGUACGAUCGGCAUGGUCAAGGACGAAAAAGGGCUUCUCAAACCGGCACCGGGUAUCCUGGACAAGCGCCUGCGUGAGUUUCCGCAGCUACAUGACGAGGAGUACAUGAGGAGCCAAUUCGGUGAUUGCAAGAAUUGUCCACUAGUGUUGCCGUCGACAGGAGAUCCGCGACGAGUGGUGUACACUAUAUCGGAGUACAGUGUACUGAUAGACUCUUCUAACAUCACGGUUAAUGACUGGACGAAAAUUGCCAUCGACAUUAAGGAUAACUAUGACUUGUACGAUGGCUUCGUCAUCCUUCACGGCACGGACACCAUGGCGUACACAUCGUCUGCUCUCUCCUUUCUUCUUGAGUCUCUAGGGAAAUCGGUCAUCCUCACCGGCGCACAGAUUCCUGUAUUCGAAACUCGUAGCGACGGGAGGGAUAACUUGCUGAAUGCCCUGAUCUUAGCUGGGAACUACGUAAUACCGGAAGUGACGCUAAUGUUCCAUGAUCAACUGUUUCGCGGAAACCGAGUCAGCAAGUUCAGCAUAUCUGACUUGGAUGCCUUCGCAUCAUUCAACAUGCCCCCGCUUGCGACCAUCGGUGUCAACGUUGAAAUCAACUGGGAUCUCAUCUUGCCGCCUCCAGAAGGUACAUUCUACGCCCACACGGUUUUGAACAGACAUGUGGGCAUACUUCGCCUAUUUCCCAGCAUUACAGUUGAAUUGGUGGAGGCCUUCUUUGGAACACCAAUGAAGGGUGUCGUACUGCAAACCUAUGGUGCGGGCAACGUACCCACGAAGCGCAAGGACAUCAUGCACGCCAUUCGCCGCGCCACAGAGCGGGGCGUCCUCAUAGUGAGCUGUUCUCAGUGUCUUAAUGGAGCCGUGGAUCCCGCCUAUGAGACAGGGCGCGAACUGCUCAAUGUCGGAGCAAUACCUGGUGCGGACAUGACACCAGAAGCGGCGCUAACAAAGCUCAGCUUCGUUAUUUCCAAGACGGAAUGGACGGAUAAAAAGAAAAGAGAGAAACUCAAGGAAAGCCUCCGCGGAGAGCUCACCACAGGCUCCGAACGUGGGUUUAAUGUCCAAUACAACGUGGCCAACAUUUCACCUUGGAAGAGGUUGCUUAUACAUUGAGUGCGCUUCUUGUGUUGUGUUUCUUGCAUGCGAUGCCGGUCUGAGAGUGGUUGCCGACUAAGGCCUACCCAUUGUACGAGAGUGUUCUAAAUAAACAUAAAUAAUUACCAAUUUAGUUUCAAUACUUGAAG